CUAAGAUGGCGGCUUCACCGGGCACCGGAGUAGUGCGUCCAAAAACACAACGUGGAAGACGGGCAGUCGAACAGCGUGCGCCGAAGAUUAUUGAAAACACCAAAACUGCUUUGUUCCUGCGGGGUGGCAAGACAAGCGAGAUUGUGACUCAAGCCAUGAAAGAUCUGUGUUUACUUAAAAAACCUAACUCAGUCAUGUUUCAAAGGAAAAAUAUCAUGCGACCAUUUGAAGAUCACACUUCACUUGAAUUCUUCAGUGUUAAGAAUGAUGCAGCUUUAUUUCUCUUUGGGUCUCAUUCCAAGAAGAGGUCUCACAAUCUGGUUAUAGGUCGCUGUUUUGAUGGCCAUAUCUUGGACAUGAUUGAGUUAGGAAUUGACAAGUUUCUGUCACUAAGUCAGUUUAAAAUUCAGAAGUGUUCAGUUGGCACCAAGCCUUGCUUGCUAUUUUCUGGACAAGAAUUUGAAAAUGAUGUCAUUUACAAACGUCUGAAAAGUAUUCUCAUAGACUUUUACAGAGGACCGGUAAUAGAGAAAGUCAGAUUACAGGGAUUAGAGCAUGUGCUACAAUUUACAGCUGUGGAUGGGAAAAUUUACCUGAGAAGCUACAGAGUAUUGCUAAAGAAAUCAGGAAGCCGCACUCCACGUGUUGAGGUUGAAGAAAUGGGACCUUCUCUUGAUCUGGUUCUUAGAAGAACACACUUAGCAUCAGAUGACUUAAUGAAGGCUGCCACAAGAGUGCCUAAAGUAGUUAAGCCCAAGAAAAUAAAGAAUGUCUCAUAUGAUGCAUUUGGUACCAAGGAAGGAAAAGUACACAUGCAACGGCAAGAUUACUCUAAACUACAAACCAGGAAAAUGAAGGGACUCAAAAGACAAUUGAAUACUAAAGGAAAACCACAGACAGAGAAAAUUAAGAGGAAAAAAACAGUCUGACAAUGUGAAUUAGAUUUAACUGAGCUCCAACCAUACUGCUAUUCUCAAGGUAGAUAUUGUAGUUGCUACUUAUGGAGGUAAAUAAUUGUUAAAUUCAAUGUUAAAUUCAAUGUUAAACAACAGACCUCGGCACCAGGUUCUGGGGAAUAAAAUUUAGGAUUUGUGAGUUUAUUCCCUAAAGCCUGGCAGUGACAUAUUAACUUUGUUUUAAAACAAAUGGUAAAAUAUCAAAAUAAGUUUUACUGUUGUUUGUAAAUCAUCAUCUUUGUGAGUUCUUGUUCUUCUUUCAAGAACUAUCUGUUUUCAGUAAAAGGAGUGGAAUUACAUUUUGACAGUAAAUGAAUAUUCAUUUUAAACAAAAAUUAUGAGAUUAAAAAGUAUUUGGGUGUUGUUCAGCACAUUUCCACCAAAUACUCGGAUACAACAUUAAAAUGUAAUACUCCACAGAAGGUCAGAGUCACACAUGUGAAACACAUUUACAGUCCUUAUGCAUGAUUACAGUGUUGAAAAUGUACACCUAA